AUGGAAGAUAUUACUCCAAAUCUUACAUUUAGUUUUCAUCUGCAAAUUGACACCUUUGACAUUCCCAACCCAGUGAACUACCCAGUCUUCCUCAUUGGCAUGCUUGUCUACCUGUUCUCUAUCAUCUGCAACCUGGUCAUCCUGAUGCUGAUCAUCACCAGGAAGAGCCUUCACAAACCCAUGUACUACUUAUUGUUCAGUCUUCCCCUCAAUGACAUGAUAGGAAUCACUGCCUUCCUACCCAGGCUGUUGGGGGACAUUGUCACACAGACCAACUUUGUUUACUACCCUACGUGCUUGCUACAGGCCUUUGUCCUUCAUGUAUAUGGAGGUGCAACUCUUUUCAUACUAGCAGCUAUGUCCAUCGAUAGAUACUUUGCAAUUUGCAAGCCACUGCAAUAUCAUUCAGUCAUGACACCUUUUACCUUACGUUUCCUCAUAUGCUCAGCUUGGGGCUUGGACCUCCUUCUAAUGAUAUUCCUGUUUGGGCUCCAAGCUAAAGCUAAUCGAUGUAAGACAUUUAUUGCUAAUGUUUACUGUGACAACCCCGCAUUGCUCAAAUUGUCAUGUGGGGUAGACCUUUCAGUUAACAACAUUUAUGGUCUUUUCCUGACAGCAUUUAUACAGAUGAUUAGCUUGGUUAUUCAGUUAUAUUCCUAUGUUAAUAUAUUAGUGAUAUGUAUUUUUAACCGGCAAUCUGAUGCUAAAAGCAAGGCAGUAAAUACAUGUCUGCCCCAGAUACUAAUAUUUGUUUUUUUUGAAUGUAUGAUCACAUUUGCAAUCCUGUCCUAUCGCUUCUCAGACAUAUCCCCAAAUACCAGGAAGUUUUGUGGUAGCAUGAUUUUCAUGCUGCCUCCUGUACUUAAUCCAAUUAUUUAUGGAAUGAAAACAAAAGAACUGAGAACAUCAUUUUUAGCAGUAAUACAUAAGAAAAAAAUAGAUAACACAUAA